GAGAGGAGUCGUGUUCUGAUCCCUCUGUGCUGCCGGAGACAUGUGGGAGCGCGUCUCUUAAUAUCAGGGAGAGAAGGAAGUUUGAUAGUUUGAACGCGUCCGGGGCCUCAGAGACAUGUGAGCUUCCCGAUUUUAAUCCGCUCAAAGACCGGGUCCUGAAGAAGACUCAAUUCCACUUCACACAGACCCCAAUUACUAACAUACCAAGUGGACACAUGCAAUUACAAAUAAGUGGACGAGGGCAAGUUUAAUUUUUGAAAAAUUCAACACACUCGGCGAGCUGUGAGUUGGCUCCUGAGCUGUCCCAGUGAGGAGGCUAAAGACGACGAGCUGCUGCCACCGACCAUUCAUCACUACCGAGCUGAAGUUUUCCAGCUGCUACCUGAACUACCUCAUAGCCGCAGGCGACCGGAAGCACAUCCCUCCAAAAUAAAACAUGGGCAUCAAAGUAGCUGUGAGUUGCACGGUGCUGUACAUCCUGCUGGACGUGGUUGUCACCACUAUCUUGUACAUACACGGAUCACACUUGAGCAUAUUCAGGAAGGACAUCUUGAACUUUAGCAUUCUCCAGUCGGCGUUGGACCUUUGGGGGACCGUUCUGCUCAGAGCCUCCCUCCUGCUGGGAGCCUCCAUAGGAGUGUCAUGGAAUAGAGAAGAUGGCCCACGCAGGGUUGCUAAACUCACCACCUUCAUCCCCUUCAUCUGUAUGUUCAUCAUCACUUACGCUGUGGCCAAGCUGCUGAUGUUUACUGACCUGGGGCCUUUGACCCUCCAGCCCUGGUUACUGAGCCUGAUAUGUUGGACUUGUGCCUCCUCUCUGGGUGUCAUGCUGCCCUGGAGGCUGCUGGGGAAGGAGUCCAAACUGGGGAGCGGUCGCAACAGCAGCAGCCGUGGAGGCGGAGGGUGCUCUGAGGACAGUGAAAGGCUGUUUGAGACAGCUGGUGAUGAGGAGCAGGAGGUGAGGUGUGAGAGGGAGAAGGCGAAGGAGAAUACAAGCACUGGGGCAACAAUGGGACGUCUCCUGACCUACUGCAGAAAGGAUAGUUGGCUGCUUUCUGUCGCCGUCCUCUUCCUCCUCAUCGCUGCUGUGUGUGAUGUCUUUAUACCUUACUACUAUGGGAGAGCAAUAGACAGCAUUGUGGUUCACCAGAGCAUGGAGUAUCUUGCUAAGCCUAUGGCCACACUGUCAGCACUGAUGAUCGGCAGCUCAGUCGCAGUGGGCGUGCGUGGAGGAGUCUUCACCAUGACAUUUGCCAGAUUAAACUUUCGGCUCAGGAAGCAUCUUUUCAGUUCCCUGAUGAAGCAGGAAAUAGCCUUUUUUGAUGAAAACCAUACAGGCGACAUCCUUUCGCGUCUGUCAGCUGACACCACCCAAGUGAGCGACCUCAUCUCCCAGAAUGUCAAUAUCUUCCUGCGGUGCGCCAUCAAGGCCACUGGCCACUUCAUCUUCAUGUGUGUGAUGUCCUGGAAGCUCACACUGGUGACCAUCAUGGGGUUCCCUUUCAUCGGCCUUAUCUCUAAACUUUAUGGCAAAUACUACAAGAGAUUAACCAAAGACGUGCAAACAGCCCUUGCAGAGGCCAAUAAAAUUGCAGAAGAAACCAUUUCAGCCAUGAGGACAGUACGGAGCUUUGCCAAUGAGCGUGGGGAGGCCGACUCCUACUAUGCAAAGCUUUUGGUCAUGUUACAGCUCAACAAGAAACAAGCACUAGCCUAUGCGUGCUACAUGUGGUCCAGUUGUAUCUCAGAGCUUGCUUUAGAGUUGGCUGUUGUCUACUAUGGGGGCCACCUUGUGAUAAAUGGUCAGAUGAGUAGUGGCACCUUGAUAUCUUUUUUCAUAUACGUGCUUGAAUUGGGAGAAUGUCUUGAGGAUAUAGCAUCGGUGUACACGGGCCUCAUGCAGGGAGUUGGAGCUGCUGAGAAGGUUUUCGAGUACCUGGACAAGGAACCCUCACACCCAGCUGAUGGCACAGAGGCUCCAGACACAUGCACCGGUUUGGUUGAAUUUAAAGACGUCACAUUUGCAUACCCAACGCGCCCUGACACUGAUAUUCUCAAGGGAGUGUCGUUCACCCUGCGGCCAGGGGAGGUGACCGCCAUGGUGGGACCUUCGGGCAGUGGAAAGAGCUCCUGUGUGAGUCUGCUGGAAAACUUCUAUCCUCCUCAGCAAGGCCAAGUGCUGCUGGAUGGACUGCCAGUGCACACCUUACAGCACGACUACCUCCACUCCAAGGUUGCUCUUGUGGGCCAAGAGCCUGUGCUGUUUGCCCGGACGGUGGAGGAGAACAUCACCUAUGGCCUGACUGAUACCCCCAUGGAAGCUGUGAUACAGGCUGCCAGCAAGGCUAAUGCUCACGAUUUUAUUGCCACCCUUCCUAAAAGCUACAAGACAAAUGUUGGAGAGAAAGGCACUCAGUUGUCAGGGGGGCAGAAACAACGAGUGGCCAUUGCAAGAGCCCUCAUCCGUAACCCUCGUGUUCUUAUCCUGGACGAGGCAACCAGCGCCCUGGAUACAGAGAGUGAACACAUCGUUCAGCAGGCUCUGAACAACAUCAUGCGGCAGCACACAGUGUUGGUAAUCGCCCAUCGGCUCAGCACAGUGGAAAAGGCAGACAACAUCAUCGUGGUCGACAGGGGCUGUGUGGUCGAGCAGGGCACUCACAGUCAGCUGAUGGCCAGCAAGGGACUAUACAGCAAGCUGGUGCAGAGGCAAAUCCAAGGCAUCGAGAUGGGAGCGGAGGUCCUUAACCCGCCCCCAAAACUCAGCUGGAAGUCUGAUGGUGGAAGGCAGCAGAGACGACAAAGCAGCAGCAGCGGCAGUGAGUCUGACUGCAACAUGCAAUACUGAGAAUGAACUGCACUGUGGAAGAGAGAUCAGACUGCUGGGUGCUUUUGAGGGUUCAAAACAUUUUUGGAUUAUUUGGGAUUCAAACCAUAUGCAGUGUAGAAAUUAUUUUGUACUGAUUCAGUAGCCUGAAGUCUAACCGUUUUCUCACAGAGUAGAAGGUCCUCAAACAGACUUUAGACCACAGGCUACUGAAAAUACUCUGAAAUCCAGGAUUAAUAUAUUUUAAUGUGGAAUUUGAUGAAAUUGCCAUGUCAGAAUCUGUUUAAGUUAAGAUGUACAGACAUAUUACCGGUAAGUAGAAUUAUUAAGUUAAAAAUAUUGAUUUUAAUGUAUCAAAUCAUAUCAAAAGAUGUGUUUCUAUUCAAGGCUGUUCAGUUAUAUCAUUUGUACUUCUCUAAGUCAGCGCUGUAAUGACUCCAAAGACCAGACAGAUGCCUUUGUCUGUUGAACUGAAUGCACUCUAGAGAUUUAUGAUUGUCUGUUGUGAGGGUGAAUCAAUCAAUGACACUUGAAAUACAUAUUGUUGUUAUAUAAAGUACUGUAAAUGAAAAACACAUGUAGUGAGCACAGUAAAUAAAUAUACUGCAUGUUGGCUUUUAUGGAAACAAACAUGUUGGGUUAAUACCAAAUGCUGCAUUUAAAGUCUCCCUGUAA